UUUAACUGCUUCGAAUUUCUAAAUAAUAUCCAAGAGAAUGUCACGGAUUCCCGUUGUAGUUCCUAUUCAGCCGUAUGCUGGUCCGCUGCUCAUCAUCAAGGAUCUCAUUCUGCCGGAGUCAGGUCAUCCAGACCCGAAUAAGACCAAUAACCCGACAAAGAAGAAAGCCCGUAACUCCUUCUUCGACCGUAACAGCAUUCAGAUAAAAUUAGCGAAACUCAUAGGACAGGGCAGCCAAGGGGAUGAGGGCCGUAUCGCAGGGAACGAUGUUCUAUUGGAUGCUUUUCUGGCCGCCUUGGAGACUUACAUGAAAUUCGUGAUCACUAAGAUUAUAGAAUUGUGCGAACAUCGCUCAGGACAUGCUCUCUAUAACGACGAUCGAUGUGUGAUGAAGAAUGAUACGAGGACCACAAUGAUGUUCCUCAACGAUCUGGAAAUGGCCGACUAUGGUUCUUCGGAUGAUGAUUCCGGUUUUUAUCGCAAGCGCCGGGCGGAGACUGCCGAAUACGGGAAAAGCGGUGUGGCUUUCAAAUCGACCCUUGAUACCGUCAGUAUGGCCUUCACUCGGAAGCGUCCAGCGGAAGCCCCAGCCACAGAAGGUACUUCUAGCGUAUCCAAUGCCAGUUCAGGGUCUGUUGUCCCGAUCCCACGACCAUAUGGUCAGCGUUACAAGCACUUAAAUAUCAGGGAUGUCCUGCAGUUCAUGGAGGAAAAUAGACGCUACUCGCGCUCCAACAUGCUCUUUGAAGCCUAUUUGAAGUACAAGUCUUAGGUAUUGUAUUCUUGUAGUUUUGUUAUAUAAUAA